UGCGAGCUCCUCCCACUCCGGGUCACGGCGUGAUAGGGGCGGAAGCGGCGGCGACCGAACUGCUGCAGCUGCUGGUGCGGAUCCUGCCAUCCUGGGCACCCGGGGCAGCGCGCGCCGCCUGGCCAGCGCUCUAAGAUUUCCAAGAACAAUGGCGGCACCUCGAGGGAGGUCAAAGAAGAGAGGUGCAUUGGAGCUUUCUCUGGACAGCCUGCCUCUGAGGAGCUCCGGGCGGCAGGCCAAGAAGAAAGCAGCAGAGACCGCAGAGGAGGAUGAAGAUGGUUCGUCGGAAAAGAAGUACAGGAAGUGUGAAAAGGCAGGCUGUACUGCAAUGUAUCCUGUGUGCUUCGCAAGUGCUUCUGAAAGAUGUGCCAAAAACGGCUACACCUCCCGAUGGUACCACCUUUCCUGUGGGGAACAUUUCUGUAAUGAAUGCUUUGACCACUACUACAGAAGCCACAAAGAUGGAUACGACAAAUACACUGCAUGGAAAAGAGUGUGGACCAGCAAUGGGAAGACAGAACCAAGCCCCAAGGCAUUCAUGGCAGACCAGCAGCUGCCCUACUGGGUUCAGUGCACAAAACCCGAGUGUGCAAAGUGGAGGCAGCUUACCAAGGAAAUCCAGCUCACUCCACACAUGGCAAGAACUUACCGCUGUGGCAUAAAACUGAAUACCAUUACCAAGACUGACAUCCCUGAUCAUUGUUCUCUCCCUGAGGACCUAAGAGUGCUGGAAGUUUCCAACCACUGGUGGUACUCCAUGCUUAUCCAGCCUCCCUUGCUGAAGGACAGCGUGGCUGCCCCACUGCUCUCCGCCUACUACCCUGACUGUGUCGGCAUGAGCCCCUCCUGCACCAGCACGCAUCGUGCCGCAGCCACCACCGGCAGUACCAGCCCAGGGAAGAUGGAGCCCUCCAAGGCGGCCCCCUCUCCACUUGUUCUAGGCAUGAACCGCUACUUCCAGCCCUUCUACCAGCCCAAUGAGUGUGGCAAAGCCCUGUGUGUGAGGCCCGAUGUGAUGGAGCUGGAUGAGCUUUAUGAGUUUCCAGAGUAUUCUCGAGACCCCACCAUGUACCUAGCUUUGAGAAACCUCAUCCUCGCUCUAUGGUACACAAACUGCAAAGAAGCUCUUACUCCUCAGAAGUGCAUUCCCCACAUCAUCGUCCGGGGCCUUGUGCGCAUUCGAUGUGUUCAGGAAGUAGAGAGGAUUCUUUACUUUAUGACGAGGAAAGGCCUCAUCAACACAGGAGUUCUCACUGUGGAACCUGGCCAGCAUCUUCUUCCUAAACACUACCACAAUAAAUCGGUUCUGGUUGUUGGGGCUGGUCCAGCAGGCUUAGCAGCUGCUAGGCAACUACAUAACUUUGGGAUGAAGGUGACUGUCCUGGAAGCCAAAGAUCGAAUCGGAGGCCGAGUAUGGGAUGACAAGUCUUUUAAAGGCGUCGUAGUGGGAAGAGGACCCCAGAUUGUCAAUGGCUGUAUUAAUAACCCAGUAGCACUAAUGUGUGAGCAACUUGGCAUCAGCAUGCAUAAGUUGGGAGAAAGAUGUGACUUAAUUCAGGAAGGUGGACGGAUAACUGACCCCACUAUUGACAAGCGCAUGGAUUUUCAUUUUAAUGCUCUCUUGGAUGUUGUCUCUGAGUGGAGGAAGGAUAAGACUCUGCUCCAAGAUGUCCCUUUAGGAGAGAAGAUAGAGGAGAUCUACCGAGCUUUUGUGAAGGAGUCUGGCAUCCAGUUCAGCGAGCUGGAGGGCCAGGUGUUACAGUUCCAUCUGAGUAACCUGGAGUAUGCCUGUGGCAGCAGCCUGCACCAGGUGUCUGCACGCUCCUGGGACCACAAUGAAUUCUUUGCACAGUUUGCUGGUGACCAUACUCUUCUAACUCCUGGAUACUCCACUAUCAUUGAAAAACUGGCUGAAGGACUAGACAUUCGCCUCAAAUCUCCAGUGCAAAGUAUAGAUUAUACUGGAGAUGAAGUACAAGUUACCACGACAGAUGGAAUGGGGCAUUCUGCACAAAAGGUAUUAGUCACUGUACCAUUGGCCAUACUACAGAGAGGUGCCAUCCAGUUUAAUCCACCAUUGUCAGAGAAGAAGAUGAAGGCCAUCAAUAGCUUGGGCGCAGGCAUCAUUGAAAAGAUUGCCUUGCAGUUUCCGUAUAGAUUUUGGGACAGUAAAGUUCAAGGGGCUGACUUUUUUGGUCAUGUUCCUCCCAGUGCCAGCCAGCGAGGGCUCUUUGCUGUAUACUACGACAUGGACCCCCAGCAGCAGAGUGUACUGAUGUCCGUGAUCACAGGGGAGGCAGUGGCAUCCCUUAGGACCAUGGAUGACAAGCAGGUGUUACAGCAGUGCAUGGGCGUCCUUCGGGAGCUGUUUAAGGAGCAGGAGAUCCCAGAUCCCACCAAGUAUUUUGUCACACGGUGGAGCACAGAGCCAUGGAUCCAGAUGGCAUAUAGUUUCGUCAAGACAUUUGGAAGUGGUGAGGCCUAUGACAUCAUUGCUGAAGAAAUACAAGGAACUGUCUUUUUUGCUGGUGAGGCAACAAACAGGCAUUUCCCACAAACUGUUACAGGGGCAUAUUUGAGUGGUGUUCGAGAAGCAAGCAAGAUUGCAGCCUUUUAAAAAAAAACAUGUAUGGACUUGAGCUUUCUUCUGUGUCCCAAAUGGAAAAGUUUAAAACACAAGUUGAACUUAAGUUUUGUAAGAGAGAGGAGACUGUAUAGUAAAACUGAAAUGUUUCUGUGGUGAUAGGAAAAUGUAAACCCAUUUCACUCUUCUGAAAUCACUGACCCUCAAAAUCCUUCUAGGCACUUCUAUUUAAUUUUAUUUUUCCAUAGGCCCAAUUAAUGCUGAGUCCUGUGGUUUUCAGAAGGUGGCACAGUGUAACCUAACAUUGAGACCUUCAUUCUGGUUGGGGGGUUCCCUUCAAACUGGACAUUCUAGUUGGCAGAUUACUUUUCAUAUAUUGUGAAACCAGGUAAUCCAGCAGGGGUCACUAGCAAACUUAGAGAAAGCCAUGUGUUUUUCUGUGACAAUUUAUCAGUACCUUUACCAAUGAGCCUUAAUAUUUUUACACAGCUCCAAUCUUUGGGCUUUUCUUAAAAUUUUAAUUCUUUUUUGAUACAAUUUGAAGGUAUGACAUGAAGCUUCUAGGCUAUUUUAUACUACAUAUAUUUCUUUUCAUUGGGUAUUCAAAACUUAAGAUUCAGGUAUAUUUUGAUAUUUUAGAUCUGUGCAUUCAUUAGGAACACAAGACUCACAAUCCCUUAACAGUGAGUGUAUAUGUUACAUUCUCAAUGCGAACAGAAUGUUUUCACACUAUAAAACAAACUAAAACCAUUUUUGGGUGGGUAGCAUACUUGAAAUUUGGCAAAAACCUUGUCAGAAUAAUUAAAAGCCCCUCUUCACUUAUUUUUAAAGUGACUUUCACAGUGUCUAAUAUUUUAUAUAGUUUACAGUAAGUUUCCCAUAGGCAGGUCCACUGGAAAACUGCACAACAAUUUAUCUUGGUACAUAGCACAUACUUUAAGCCAUAUGUUAAAGUCUGAACACGGCAAAACUUUUCCACUUCAAGAUUCAACAUGGGUUUCAGGGUCUUUUAGAUACCUAUUCUGCCAAGAAACUUCAGUUGACAAACUAGAAAUAUGCUUUUGUUUUAAAAAGUCUUUGAACAAUUCUUUGAAUUAUACUGAUCUGGUUUUAAAAGGGGCUAUACAAAGGUCUUGAAAGCCACCUUUUGAACUUAGGUAUUUCUGAAACUCAAAACUUUGCUUGUUAACAUAAGAUCUUACACGGAGAAUGUACAGUGAAGUGAGCUCUAGACAGUCUAGAUAUACACCCUCCCCGUCAGAGUAUGACACAAGCCAAUGACUACAUAUUUAAAAGUUAAUUACUCACUGUACUUAGAGGUUAUUUGUUGAGACUCAUUGGUACUGAUAAGGGAAGUAUUCUGCUUUAAAGUGUAAGUAAUUAAAAUGUUUAGUGUAUGUGAAGUGAUAAAUGCAAAAUGUUAAAAAAAUUUCAGUCUAAGUUAGUUUCUAGACACUUGAGCUUGUAUUACGCCAUUUCGUAUAAAUGUGUAUUUAAUUUCCUCCCCGUUUUAAGUGACAAAAUUUCCUAUUUUGUUCUACAGGAACUAUGGUACUUUUGAGUUACUAUAUUUUUCAACCUCUAAGGUUUCUGUUAAUGAGAGCUGGGCAGUGGUGGCGUACACCCUUAAUCCCAGCACUCAAGAGGCAGAGGCAGGCAGAUCUCUGUGAGUUCAAGGCCAGCCUGGUUUACACAGUAAGUUCCAGGACAGCAAGGGCUGUUUCACAGAGAAACCCUGUCUCCAACAAACCAAAAAAAAAAAAAAUUUUUUUUUUGUUUAUGAGAACUGUAUACUUACAGCGAUAACUACACAUCAUGAAUAAUUGGUUAUGUAAAACUACAUAAGGACUUUUGCAAAUACCUUUAAUAAAUGGUUAUAGCAUCAUUGUCAA